AUGGCAUAUGGGCUGUUGGCCUGGACCGCCAACAAUGCUGUUCUCAAGCCGACCUGUCGACUAUUCCAUCUGUUGAUAAUCGCCUUCCUCCUCACGACCACUGUUCUCGCGACCACCGACACCAUCUUACCUUCCGCCGCUUCCGCUUCGUUCCCAGCAUGCGGUCUGUCAUGCUCGUUGCUCCAGCAGGCAGCGGACAGCUGCCUGGCUAGUCCAGAAGACACACACGCAGUCCAUGUCUCUUGCUUCUGCCAGUCGUCUCUGAUAUCUCAACUCAAAACCUCUCCUGAGGGGACCUGCGACUCGUCCUGCACCAGCGAACCCGAUAGACAGUUGUUGCAGACAUGGUACACCAAUUAUUGCAAUUCUGGAGGCAACUCUGGAGGCAAUUCUGGAGGGGCCACGACCACAGUCACAUCAGCUGCUACGGCAACCACAUCUCCCUCAAGCUCAAACGUACAGGCCGAGGAGUCCAAACCCAAGACCUGGUGGGACGGGCACUACAAAUGGAUCAUCAUGGUUAUUGUCCUCAUCAUCGCAUUCAGUAUCAUUGCCGCAGUAGCCACAUGGCUCAAGAAACGCCACGAUGCCAAAUAUCCCAAUCUCUAUCAUGGCGUCGGCGGCAGCGGCAGUGGAACAGAGAGCGGAUUGUUCGCCGGCCGCGCGCGUGACCACAGCCCAGGGCCCGGUCAACCUGGUCAAUUCUCGUCGAACAUGGGCGGUCUUGCACCUCCGCCCCGGUCAAGUUACCCGCGCUCCGAUUCAAUCGCCAGUAGUUCGCGUACAGACGUCGUACCCUCCAAAGCGCGGUCUGGCCACCCUUCGUCGCGUUUGGCAAAGGCCCCCCAGUCGGCGGACGACAUCGAGAUUCGGGAGGUUACUCGAUGA